AUGUCCAGUCCGCAGCCACCGCAUCAACAGCGACGUUCAGCUGGGGAUAGUAAAAAAUCUACACCCCCUUCAACAAUAGUUACUAGAAAUGGAGCACGUAAAGCGAAGAUUCAAACACGAGCAAUGUCGGUCACUGCUAAACCUUCAGCUUCAGUAGUUGCUGCCAAGAAGAAAGCUCAACAGAAAAAGAAACAAAUGGUUGAUACAGUAAUAAAAGAUCACUAUCAAAUUGCAAUGGAGUCAAAAACAAAAGUAAAGGGAUGCACUGGUUUCGUAACAGAGCCUCGUAUGAUAGAACAUAGGUGCCUCUGGGAUGAUAAUUACCCAGAAUGCCCAGAAAGAUUAAUAAGUGUUCUUGAUAGAUGUCGUGAAUUGAACCUCAUAGAACAAUGUAAACAAUUCCAACCAAGAGCAGCAAGUAAAGAAGAGCUGGUUAAUCUACAUUCACCUGAAGUAUAUGAAAUGUUGGAGAGCACGCACCAGAACAACAACAUAGAGUUUUUAGAAGAACUUUCCUCAAAAUAUGAUGCUAUUUACAUUCAUCCUAGCACCCAUGAGUUGGCUCUGAUCGCGGCCGGGUCCACCAUCGACAUGGUGGAUCGCAUCGUGUCCGGCGAGGUGCAGAACGGUGCUGUUUUCGUGCGGCCGCCGGGACACCACGCGAUGCGCGCGGAGCCCUGCGGCUACUGUUAUUACAAUAAUGUGGCACUCGCUGCUAAACACGCCAUAGAGCAUCGAGGCUUGACCCGGAUACUGAUUGUAGACUGGGAUGUACAUCAUGGGCAAGCAACACAGCAGAUGUUUUAUGAUGAUAACAGGGUGGUAUACUUCUCGAUCCAUCGCUACGAGCAUGGUGCUUUCUGGCCCAACUUGAGACAGUCCGACUUCCACUACACCGGACGCGGCUUGGGCGCCGGAUACAACUUCAACGUGCCUCUCAACCGCACGGGAAUGACGGACGCGGACUACCUGGCGAUAUGGCACCAACUUCUGCUGCCCAUGGCUUUGGAGUACCAACCGGAGCUGAUCAUAAUAUCGGCGGGCUACGACGCUGCCAUCGGCUGCCCAGAGGGUGAAAUGGAGGUGACGCCGGCGUGCUACGGGUCGUUGGUGCACAUGCUGGCGAGCGUAACUGCGAAUGUGUGCGUGGUGCUGGAGGGCGGCUACUGCCUGCCGUCGCUGGCUGAGGCCGCGGCGCUCACGCUGCGUACGUUGUUGGGACACCCGCCGCCCAUGCUACCUACUACCGGAGAACCCAGUGACUCAAUACGUGAUUCAAUAUUAAAUUGCAUCUACGCACACAAACCGUACUGGCGAUGCUAUAACUUCCAACCCACGUAUAGCAUUGGUUCUAUUCCUAAUGUGUGUGACGGAGAGAAACAGAAACAUACGGUCACAUUAAAGUGGGAGGGAGAUGAAACGAGGCCUGAAAAAUUCGCUACCAGAAAUUGCUAUCCUGUACAAGACGAUGAUACUAAAAGAAAGAUUAUGAAUAGAUUAAACCAUUUAAGACUGGUAACAGAUCUGAGGCUGCCACAACACCCCGUCUGCUACAUAUACGACGAAGCGAUGUUGAAACAUAGGAACAUAUGCGAACCUGGGCACGUAGAAUGUCCAGAGCGAAUAAUGCGCAUACACGAGCGACACCGCGACUUCCAACUGCUGGAGAGACUGCAUCAGUUACCCGCGAGGGCCGCCACUGACGAAGAAAUACUCACUGUACACACAGAGAAGCAUCUCAAUAGGCUCAAAGAGCUUGCUGCAACCAAACUCCGUGACUUGAACAGUCAGAAAGAGGCCUUCGAGUCUGUUUACUUCCAUCCCGAUUCAUUAGAAAGUGCGGCUGUGGCUAUGGGGUGCGUUUUACAGGUGGUGGAUGCGAUAGCUUCGAACGUGGUGGGGUGCGGCGUGUGCGUGGUGCGGCCGCCGGGCCACCACGCGGACGACGAGCUGCCCAGCGGCUUCUGCCUGCUCAACAACGCGGCCGCCGCCGCUCGCCACGCCACACACAUACACCACAUGAGACGCGUGCUCAUCCUCGACUGGGACGUGCAUCAUGGCAACGGCACGCAGAGGAUCACCUAUCACGACGAUAAGAUAAUGUACAUGUCGGUGCACCGGUACGAUAACGGGUCAUUCUUCCCGCAGUCUCGCGAUGCAAACUACGACGCCGUCGGGCGAGCACGUGGGGAGGGAUACAAUAUCAACAUACCCUGGAAUAAGCGUGGAAUGGGUGACACGGAGUACAUGGCAGUGUUCACACAAGUGAUUCUUCCGAUCGCCUACGAAUAUAACCCGGAGUUAGUCAUCGUGUCCGCUGGCUUCGAUGCCUGCGUUGGUGAUCCGUUGGGCGGUUGCAAAGUUACGCCAGAAUGCUAUGGGAAAAUGACUCACCUGCUUCGAGGUUUAGCUGGUGGAAGAAUUAUUCUUUGCCUGGAAGGAGGUUAUAAUACGACCAGUAUAUCCUAUGCAAUGACCAUGUGUACCAAAGCCCUUCUCGGCGACCCCAUACAAUACCAUUACGAUCCUAAAGCAGUUUGCCAUUGGUCUGCUAUAGAGUCAAUCAAUAAUGUUAUCAAAACUCAUAAAAAAUAUUGGAAGAGUUUGAAAUUCCAAUUGGCUUUACCAAUAGAGAAUGUCCUAGGAGAACCACUACCUUCUAGAGGUUUGAUUACAGAUGAAUCUAAUCACACAGAUAUACAGAAAAUACCUAAGUUGUCAGCUUCAACACCAUUGAAUGAAUCAUCUAAUGACAGUUCUAAGUCGUUCAAUCAACUCGACUCGUCUUUAGAAAAUGACAUGCUGAAUUUGAGCAUAGGCAAAACGAAAUGUUCUGAUGGUGUACAUUGCGGUACUGAUGAUGAAAACGAAGACGAGUCUAAACUGCUUAAUAAGAGCAGAGCAACUGAAGAGGGUCCAGGGUCUUCAAAGAAUGUGAUUGAUAAAGGAGACUCUAGUAAAGAGGUAGAAGGAAAGAAAACUCUCGUUGAUUAUUUAUCGGAGAACAUGCAAGCUCUUAUCGAAGGCGAAAUGUUUGCAGUCGUACCUUUACAGUGGUGCCCGCAUCUUGAUAAUCUUUUUGCGAUACCCCCAUCAGUUAAAUUUGAACAGGGAGUUAAAUGUGUGGACUGCGACGAGACGAACGAGAAUUGGGUCUGUCUGCAUUGUUAUGUUACCGCCUGCGGCCGCAACAUAAACGGCCAUAUGCAGGCUCACUACCGAGCGACCGACCACGCCCUCGUAAUUUCUCUACUCGACCUUUCCGUGUGGUGCAAUGUGUGCGAAGCCUAUGUAGAUAACGCGCUUUUGUAUGAUGCGAAAAACAACGCUCACAAAUGCAAAUUCGGAGAGGAAAUGCCCUGGUGCUACCGGACUGACAUACACAUGGAAUAA